ACUUUGAGCGGUCGAUGGGUUAGGAGCAAUCGAAAGGUAGCCGAAGAGAAAGAGAAAGGACGAUCUAGAGUGAAGCAAGUAGUAGGAGGUAACAACUCCAUUUCCAAUUUUCUGACUGGGUGCGACCUGAGAUCAAACAUGUUGCGGAGGUUUCUAUCUUCCAACCUAAAAACCCUAGCCGCCGCUUCUUCCUCCUCUCUUACUUCCCGAUCUGCUUCCGCCGCCGCCAGAUUCCCCGCUCUUUCUCGCUCCUACCGCUACUUCUCAACUCAAUCCGAGGAUGCUACUGCGAUCAAAAAGAAGGUUGAGGAUGUAAUGCCUAUCGCUACCGGACACGAGCGCGAGGAGCUUGAAGCUGAGCUCGAGGGAAGGGAUAUUCUUGAAAUAGACCAUCCCGAAGGUCCAUUCGGCACAAAGGAAGCACCUGCCAUUGUAAAAUCUUACUAUGAUAAAAGGAUAGUUGGAUGCCCAGGCGGUGAAGGCGAGGAUGAGCAUGAUGUUGUCUGGUUUUGGCUGGAGAAAGGCAAGCCUCAUGAAUGUCCUGUGUGCGCACAAUAUUUUGUUCUUGAAGUGGUAGGACCUGGUGGACCACCCGAUGGACAUGGCGAUGAUGAUCACCACCAUUGAUUGAUCAUUCAAUUUUCCAUCUGGAAUAAAUUCUGGGAACAUGGAGAGACAUUGUUUAGCAUACACUCCGGCCUUUCAAAAUGCUGUGGCCUAUGUUGGUUUUGAUUUGUCUGUAUGGUAUGGCAACUUUUGAGGUAGUAACUUUCUGCGAUUGUUUGAACGCUGUAUGCUCAUUUUUUUGAGCUAUCAUGGUGCUAGACUGUUUUUAUUGGUUGCGAAAUAAUUGAUACUCCUUGAUGAUUUCUUAACUGGUUUGAAUUUCCGGAUUAUGUUUUGGGGAGCAGGGAGAGAAUUCCAAGAACGUGACUUCAAAUUGUUUAAAAGGUGUGAGCCUAACGGCGAGGAGGUCCUCUCGCCACUAAACAACAUUUUAUGUAGUAACGGUGGUUGCUUUUAAUCAUAUUUUCCCCAUUUUGUUUCA